AAUACAUUUGCUGAAUCAUUAUCAUUGCAAAUUACGUUCUACUGUCAGUACCAUGUCGACAACUAUGCGUAAUUGCAAUGUGGUAAAGAUUAGUUAAUAGGUUAUCCCACCUACGUAUCUCCGAUGGUUAGCGAGCGCGUGACAGACAUCAUUUAGUUGUUGUUUGAACCGUAUGUUCGUACAAUUUUUAUAGUUCAUUUUCCGUAAUUAAUUCGUUAGUGUUACGAUGGUAUCGCGCGAUGUCAUUGAAUAUUUUGAUGAGUUUUAUUUUGUUAAAUGUAUCCGAGUGUUUCGGUUGUGCACACUGGUGUCUAGUUCACCGCAGCUUCGUUGUGAAUAAAAUGUUCGUGACCUUUCUAAGCUUAUUGAUGUUAUGUUUGGCGGGACAUUUGCAAUGUGAAGAACACAACCCUUAUUUGGAUACUUUAAAAAUAUUUCGUUGGAAGAGUGUACAAAAGUACGUCGAAGUUCGACCAGGCGCAUUUCUAUUUUACUGGUUUUAUUACGCCGAUGGCACGUCAGUUGGAGCUGACAAAAAGCCACUCAUCAUAUGGAUACAAGGAGGGCCGGGUCUCGCGGCUAGUGGGAUCGCAAACUUUGCUGAAAUUGGACCCAUUGAUAUGAAUAUGCAAUCGCGUAAUCAUACUUGGGUGAAAGGACGGAAUUUGCUGUUAAUUGAUCACCCAGUAGGCACUGGCUUUAGUUACGUGACGAACAAAUCUUUGUUAGUAAAAACUGACAGACAAAUGGCGUUAGACCUUACGAAAGUUAUAAAGGCGUUCUUUAAAACGCAUAAACAAUUUCGUAAAACACCCACAUAUCUCUUCGGUCAGAGCUACGGGGGCAAACUGUGUCCGAGAUUGGGCGUAUAUUUGCACACGGCAAUUGAAAAGAAACGGCUCAAGAUGAAUUUAAGAGGUAUCGGUAUUGGUAGCGGUUGGGUUGAUCCAAAGGAGAGUACGUUAGUGCAACCAAGUUUCCUUUAUACUAUGGGAGUGAUCGAUAUCACAACAUACGAAAAAACUACGAACUUAGUAAAGAAAAUGGUGAAUUAUAUAGAUAAAAAAGAUUAUGUAUACACUGAGAAAUUGAAUACAUUGAUGUUUCGCAUAUUAAAUAUGGAGGCUGGUAUGGAGAUAAAUUUUAAUAACGUUAACCAAGCCAGCCCGUAUCCUGCAUUAGAUGAAUUAGCAAGAAAAGUCAAUGAAUACGUCAAACCCACACUGACGCUAGUAAAUCAAAGUUUGCAGUGGAACUAUAUCUCGGAUGAUGCAUUUUUUACUUUGAAUAACGCAUUCUUUGUGCCAUCAACUUCAUUCUUAGAAAAACUGCUAAAUAAAACUUCAUUGAAGAUAGCUGUAUACAAUGGCAACUUAGAUGUUGUCACACCUCUAGCGGGUGCAUCAAAUUGGGUACACAAAUUAAGAUGGCACGGUGCAGAACAAUUCAGGAAUGCAGAACGAGUACGCAUAAAUGGUUAUAGAAAUGGAUUUUACAAAAAAGCGUAUCAACUUAGUUUCUGGUCCGUUUUUGGAUCCGGACAUUGGGUCCCUGAAGAAAAUCCAGUUGCAAUGGAACAAAUAUUAAACUACGUGAUGUCUGAAGAAUUAUAAUAAAAAUAUUGUUUUGUGUUUUAUUAUUUGUUGGUUAUUAAAAAACAGAAAUCAAUGGUAAUCGUAUAUUCCAUAAUUCCUUGCUAUACAUUUAUUUACACAUAAUAAAUUGAUUAUAAAUGAACAUAUAUAACAAUAAAAACACGCUUGUUCGUCGGAGCACCGUGUCAAGAUAAAAAAUAAUGACCAUCCAAAAAUUACAAAUUCGUUCAUUAAUUAGUCUUAUAUUCAUUUACUAAAAACAUUAUGUCAAUAGAAUAUACAACAAAGAAAUAAAUUAUUUAUAAAUUAUAAUUUGAUUUAAAAUUCAAAUAUUUAUGUAGGAUCAAUUACAAAGAGCAUAAUUUCUAAAGUCUCUAUAUUUAACAACAAAAUAAAGCGUAAAUUUCAAAUCUCACAAGAGACAUUUCCUUUAUCUGUCUUCCGUAUCGUAUAAGUUUGUCUCGUUCGUUAGAUUUACUGGCAACUUCAGAGCUAUUGCGUCUCUAUUGUGAUAUAAAAA